AUGGAAGAUACGGCCGAGGUGGAGCCGUGGGAUCGAUUCCGCGAUUGGCUCCAUUCAAUUUGUGUCGUCACUUUCGAUUUGGAGCUCGGACAGGCACUCGAGGUGAUCUACCCGGGCGAUGCGAUUCUGUCGAAUGUCGAGAAGAUCAACAUAUGCUAUUUGGCGUUUCCUGACUCGAAUUCCGGUAACACGCAGGACAGCAAUUUUCAUUUUCGAAUAAGGCGAAAUCUUGGUGACAUUCGAGAAUGCCAGAAAAAUCUUGUCGACAAGCUACCGACGUCAGCGCCGUUCGAUGCACACUACUUGUAUGGUUUCGUCCAUUUUCGCCAGUGUAAAGAUUCGUCGAUUCAACGGGGUUAUUAUCAAAAAAGCAUCGUUUUGCUGUCGAUAUUGCCGCUUUUCUCAUUGUUUUAUGCGGUUACUGCUCGAAUUGCAACGCAGUUUUUCGAAAAUGGUGAAGCUGCGAUUGAAGCUGCUUGUCAUCACAUCGACACUUGGUUGAAGCCGUGCGUCGGCCGAACUCUCGAACUUCCCCUAUUGGGAUCAAUCAUCAGUUGCCGAUUACCGGCCGCUUCCGAUUUGCCAUACGAUUUCCGACAAGAUUGCCAUGUUGAGAUUGCCCAUAAAAGUGAUCCGGCGAGCAUCAAACUGCCCGAUUUCAUCACACCGAUCCUCUCGCAGGUCUACCAUCUUCAACUGCUUUGGGAGCUCGUACUCAUCGGUGAGCCGCUGCUCAUCAUUGCUCCGAAUCCCGAGAUCUCGUCGUCGUUGGUUCAAUCGAUUGUCUCGUUGAUAUCGCCAUUACGAAUUGUCAACGAUUUUCGGCCGUAUUUCACGAUUCAUGAUUCAGAAUUUCGAGAAUACUCGUCAAAAUCGAGAAGCCCGCCGCGGGUGAUAUUGGGUGUGACGAACCCGUUUUUCACAAAAGCUUUGGAUCAUUGGCCGCACAUUUUGAAAGUCGACGAGUUGGUGCCGGAUUUGGAAAUGAAGAAGCCGCGAAAAAAUUGGAGCGGCGCGAGGACGCUCGAUAUACCGGCCGGAAUGUACACACAGUACAAGCCGUUUUUGAGCCGCGACAAAUCGUUGGCGAAGAAAUUACUCAAAAGCGUUAAUAAUGUGGAGAUUCAGCACAGUAUCCUUCAGCGGCACUUUCUCGAGCUCACGCAGAGCUUCAUGAUCCCAAUGGAACGGUAUUUGUCAUCGCUGAUGCCGUUGAAAAAGGAAAUGUCGCCUUUUAAGAGUAUUCCCAGCAGCCGGCCAUUCUCGAUGGACGAUUUUUUGGUUUCGCUUGAUUCGAACGGCGGACCGUCGCUAACUUGUGGGACGAAAGGCGAUUGGGCUGGAUUGUAUCGUCGAUUCAUAACGAGUUCGAAUUUUGGUGGAUGGCUGUCGAUGAGGUCGCGAGACGUGAGCACUCAACUCAAGAGCCAUUAUAUUGAUGCAUUGUGCUCGGCAGACUUUGGUUCGAAAACACUGUCGAACAAACAUAAUGUGGAAGUUGUCGAUUUGGUGUUACGAAUCCGCGAGCGCAUUAUGGAAUUAAAGCAAGACAACGAGCUGCGCCAUAAAAUGGUUCGCCAAAUCGUGAAAAUUCUAUCGAACGUUGACGAAGACCUCAAACAGUUGCUGAUGUCGAAUUGUUCGCUUCGAGAGAUUCUAUCAUAA